AUGGAAAUAAAAGAAGAACCAGUUAACGAUAAAAUCAAAGAUACAUUGCCGGUAAAAGAUGAGAAUGCAGAAUCAAAGCAAGUGGAAGACGCAGAGCAAAAGAAACCGAACGUUAUUAAAAGAUUUUUUCAUUCAAUUACAGUAGAACCUAUUUUAUGGUGUUAUUGCAUUCCGAGUGCGAUAUCAGCAAUAGCUGUAGCUCAACUUUACUUGGAGAAAGCGUGCAGAGCAGGUUUCGACUACAGCGAUGAAAUAUGCGAUGGAUUAUUAAUUCAUCAUUUCCAAAAUCUAUCACAUUAUGAAGAAGAAACGCAAAAACUUGUGGCUGAAGUAAAUGCUUGGAAACUACCAUUAGCUACAUUUCUUCCAGCUUUGAUUAUUUUAUUUGUAGGAUCCUGGAGCGACAGGCGUGGUUUAAGAAAACCUUGUAUGCUGAUUCCAAUAAUUGGAGAAUUUAUCAGCACGAUGUGGCUAUUGCUGUCGACAUAUUUCAUGAAAGAUAUUAGCAUUCAAAUAACAGGUCUGUUAGAAGGGUCUGAGUGUCAUCUGAUGGGUAUUUUUAGUUACCUCGGGGAUAUUACUUCUGAAGAAGAUAGAACACUGCGAAUUGGUGUUGCAAGUAUUAGUGUCACUGUAGGAUUCCUUAUCGGCGGUGCUGUUAGCGGAUAUCUGUUUGAACAAUUAGGAUAUUUUGGAAUAUUUGGUUUAAGUGCAGUGCUAUAUGCUGUGGGAAUUUUAUAUGGACAGUUUUGCGUUAAAGAAUCGGAAAUUAAAGUUGAACAUCGAAAAAUAAAUUUCUGUGUAGACUUUUUCGAUCCUAGACACGUCCUAGAAACAAUAAGAGUGUGUCUUAAAAGAAGACCUGAAUAUGGAAGAUUAAAAAUUUUUCUGUCACUAGCCGUUUUCUUGAUUGCUCUUGGUCCAGGCCUUGGCGAGGCAACAUUAGUAUAUUACUACACCCGUUUAAGAUUUUCGUGGGAACCAGUUGACUUCACCGUGUACAACGCAUGCGAUACAGUAAUACAUCUUAUAGGUACAUUUAUAGUUCUCAGCAUAUUUAGCAAGCGAUUCGGAAUGUCAGAUCCUCUAAUUGGUAUUUUGGGAACAUGCACGAGUCUAGCUGCAAGUAUAUGGGGAGGUGUAAGUACUACUGGGUCAAUGUUCUAUUGGACCCCAGUUAUUGGGUUCUUCAGUGGUACUAAACCCAUAGCAAUCAGAAGUUUGGCUACAAAACUUGUUCCAGAUGCAGAAAGAGGAAAAGUUCAGUCGGUAUUUGGUGUUGUUGAAGGAUUAUUGAUCACUAUCUUCAGCCCAUUAUACAACAUAGUUUAUAACAAAACAUUAGAUACGCUACCAGGAACAAUAUAUUUUAUGAGUUCAGGAAUUAUAAUACCAGCUAUUUUGUUGUUUAUGUGGCUCUAUAUAUUGAAUAAAAAAAUGAAAUCAAGAAAACAGCAAGUUCAAGAAGGCAUCGUCAAUGAAUCUUUCAAGCAAAUAGAUAGCACAGAUCUUUAA